CAGUUCUUUAAUACAAGUUUCGAUUAAAGAAUGUCUGGAAGAUUACUUAUUCAAAGCGAUUGGAAUCAAUCAAUACGGGAAAUUGGAGAGAAUACAUGGGUUUCUUAUAAAUCCGAUGGUAAUUUAUCUAUCCAGGGAAAAAUUAAAAGUGAAGGUCUUAACGCCCAAGGAGACCCUAGAGUAACUGCCUCUACCGGCUUCGAGGUACUUCAACUAUCAAAACGUUCUAUUGUGGUGCAAUACACAUCAAGCGAAGGUAUAGUUUCUAGACAAUUCUACGCCGCAAGUCAGACGUUCUCAAUACAUAAAAAAGCAGUUAAAAGUAUUGAUACUUCUGAAGGAGGUCUAGGAGUCUCCACAGAUGAUGAUGAGCGGUUGAUUGUAUGGACAACAGAGAGUGGUGAUAUUCGAAGAUCACUGAAUGAGCAAGAUGGCCAUUUUGGAGAUAUAAAUAAUUGUAAAUUCUUUCCCUCUGGCCUUGUCUUACUGACUGCUGGAGCCGACACUCGUCUUAAAAUUUGGUCAAUUGAAGAUGGUAGAUGUGGUGCCACGCUGACAGGACAUAAAGCCGGUGUUCUUGACACGGCCAUAGUAGAGAGAGGGAAAAACAUAGUUUCCUCUUCUAGAGAUGGGACAGUUAAACUUUGGCACGUAGGCACACAGACUAUAUUACACUCUUUUCAACCAGAAGGAGGAUGUGUAAACUCCUGCACUGUUUGCGGUCCCAAGAGUGAAAGUAUAUCGGAAGAUAAUAAAGAAUUUGGGACAGAUGGCAAACUACUGUUUGUAGGUGGAGAAAAUGGGAGAAUUGUAGGAUAUGAUAUGGCUCAAAGAGAGAAAAUAUUCGAUAUAAUGCACAACUCUGCAUCAAAUUGCAUUUCAACUUUCAAUGAAAAUUUGCUUUGCAGUGGCUUUCAGGAUGGAAGUAUUGUAUUCUACGAUCUGCGAAAUUUGAAUAGCCCUCUACGAAAAAUAUACAGUGGAAGAGGUUCUAUUUUAGCAUCUAAACUCCAUUCUAAAAAUAUGUUCUUUUCUAAUUCGGACGGCAGUGUAUUUGGUAUUAAUGAACAAUUCGAAAACGUUGCCGAGUUAACAGGAUCCGAAUGUGAUCCUAUUUAUAGUUUGUCGUCUGACGGAACGUAUUUAUACUCGUCUUGUCGAGAUGGAACAAUAAGAAAGUAUCAAAUAUAA